AAUGUAAGACAUAGAAUAAGAAAGAUAAAGAAAAUAAGACUUAUUAAUUUCAUAAAUAGUGGAUGCUGGAUAUGAUACUAUUGCAUUCUAGGUGUAUUGUGAAUAAAUAAAGUAAAAUGGUAGUUAAGAUAUUGAUUUAUGGACAUUUGAAGAAUUACAAAAAACUAUUCAAGACUUCAUCAAAAAAGAAGAGUAAAUUAUAUAAUAAAGUAUUUAGUUAAAAAGAGGUUGAAAAACCAUCUAUUUAAUAAAAUACAAAUACACAAUUUUAGAUUUAGAAAAUUUAAGAUGAUAGCAACUUUAUUACAGAAGUAGAAUGUUAAAACCCAGGAAGAACAAAAUUAACUGAUUAUAUAAUGGAAAAUACACAUAAAGUAUUAUAUGAUUUUUAUUAAAAGUAAGUGGAAAUAAUAAUGAGUGAAUAUAUAAGUAAAUCUGAUGGCAUCAUUUCAUCAUAUAUAUCAUUUAAAAUUGAGACAAAACCAAUUGGAUGGAUUGUAAAUAGAAGAUUUACUGAUUUUCUUAAAUUAAGAGAUAUUUUAGUAAUGACGUACCCAUGUCAUUUAGUUCCUCCUAUUCCUGGAAAGAAAUUGUAUAUAUUAUAUAUAUACAAUAGGAAAUAAUAGACAGGUGCAGCUUAUUUAGAAAAACGUAUGAGAAUUAUGGAAUUAUUUUUAUAGAAUUGCUUAUAUCAUCCAUUAUUUAAGACUCAUCCUUUAUUUUCUGACUUUUUAGAAAUUAAUGAUGAUGCCAAAUUAAAAGAGAAAUUCAAUUAAUAUGAAAGAUAGAAGGGACCAUCUAAACCAUAAGAAUAUACAAUGAUAAAUGGUUCUUGUGUUUUAGAGAUUUCUAAUGAGUUAUAAAAUUACUCAAAUUCUUUAAGUGAUUAUUUAAAGAAUUCAUAAGAUAUAUAUAAAAAGACUGGAAAUAAUUUUAGUAAAUUAUGCACAGAUUUAGAAAAUCUUACUAAUACAUUAACUGCAAUUACAGAAAAUUUUAAUACUUUAGAUAAACUUACAGAUGGUUUUAUUAAAUAAACUAAAUCUUAAGGUGCAAUAGAAUAAAUAUAAUUUGUUUAUUAAGAAUUAUCAAAGUUUGUGACAGGAUGGUAAUAUGGAGUCAAUUUUUAAAUGAAGAAUGUUAAAGUAAUUAAAAAGUAUAUAAUUAGGAAAACUUUUAUGAAUUCUUUAGAUAUCAUAAAAAGAUGUAAUCAUCUGCUUAUGAUUAUUUAUAGAGCAAGAAUUAAUUGCAAUAGAAAUAUCAGAAUUUGAAAAAUAAAGUGAAUGAAAAAAAGGAGUAAUUAUAUAUUAAAGGUGAUCCUACAAAAUGGGAAUUACCUCCUGAUAUUCCCAAGACUCUUAAAGAAUUAUAAUUUAAUAAGGGAGAAGCUUUUAAAUAUAUGUUACCUAAUGAAACUAAGUAAGUAAGUGAAAUAAGGGAAAUGUAUGCAUUUAUGAAUCAUUAAUUGCAAGAGGAAAUAAAUUAAAUGAUAGACUUUAGGAUCAAAGUUUAUGCAAAGAAAUUUGUUAGGAUGGGAUAAAUGAGAGCUUUAGAAACUGCUAAGUUUCAUCACAUAUUAGCAAAUUUCUUAUAGGUUUUGGCUGAAAUGUAAGGAUCCACAACAGGGCAGAUGUAUAAUAGAAGAGCUAGUGUAUUUAUAGAUAAGAGAUAUGAUUAAUUUUUUGGGAUAAUACCAAAAUGAC